GCUUGAUGGACUGAUGUCAAUGAUUCGAACAACCUACCGCACGUAUCAAGGUCAAUUGAGGGAGAGAAGAGAAAUGUGUCUGCGCCAUCGCCAUAAUCAUCAAUCACAGUCACGAUGUGCAAUACACACACUGCGGACUACAGAGAGAAAGACAGAAGACAGACAGAGAGGGAGAGGGUUGAGAGAGAGGGAGGAAGGGAGAGACGACUCAGCUCCCAUUUACCCGAACCACAGCAAUUGACAGACACACCGACAGGCAGCUAGAGGCGGUGCUAUGAUACACAUCAGGCCACCCCCCCACCCCUGCCCACCCCCCCAGCCCCCCACCUCAAAAGCAGACGCACAUAUUACCCACACCCUCUCUCUCAGAGUAGCAGUGAGGUGAGUGGCACCUCUCCAUCCAUCCAUUCAUCCAUCGGCAGAGCCGUGCGCUCAUGACUCAGCUGACUGCUCUGCCCAGACACAUACAAAGAGACAUCGUAUGUGUGUGUGGGGGGCGGGGGAUUGGCUGAAAGGGGAUGAAUGUGUGGAUAAGGCUGGUGGGAUGGAAAUGGACUCAACUCACUCACCCUCUCAGUGGACCGAAAGACUAGAUGAGUCGCCAGGCGCCACACAGACAGACAGACAGACACUCAGGCAGACAGGCAGGCAGGCAGGUACACAGGCAGACCAUUUUGAUUCAAUCAACGAGAUCUGAGGGCCUUGCCUUGUGUAGAGCCGCGAAAAAAGGUCAACCGCGAUGGAUGGAUGCCCGCCCGCCCGCCCCACACACGCACCGUUCUUGGUGCCGCCCAUGCUAGAAUGACUCCUCUCUCCCUCCCUCCCUCUCUCCCUCCCUCCCUCCCACAAUCACAACAAAAGCCCACCGAUCCACCCACCGGUGACCGACACGCAUAUAUGUAUGCAUCAGCGACGCGGCAAACACAUACGCGGCAAACACAUACCACCGGCCCCUCUCGCCCCUCCUCACACAUGGCCGUCGCUGGCCGCGUGUGUGCCGCCCUCGGCGCCGCCCCCGUGUAUCAGCACGUCCACCGCCACCGCCCCCUCUUCAUGCGAUCGCCGCCUCCUCCCCCUCACAACCACGCCCACACCCACACCGCCAUCACGAGAGUCCUCCGCCCCAUCGUCGCCGCCGCCAGCACCAGACCCACCACUUCCACCCAGACCAGCGAUGCUGCUGCCGUCCUGCAUUCGGUCCCAGUGCCAUGGCGGUGAGCUUGCGCCAGCGUUGCGCACUGAUGACGAGCUGGCGGGCUCGGAGUCGGUGCUCAUCACUCGGUGAAGGGCUGUCAGGCGGCCGAGCGAUGAGCGAGAGCUGGUGUGUGGGUGGCCGCCUGGGGCGGGCGACACUCGUGUGGAUGGAUGGCCGUGGCUGCGCGGGUGAGGGUGACCCAAAGGCUGCAUGCCCAGCCCUCCGACCGCUGCCGAAGGCUCUCCUGCCGGCGAGCCGACUCCUUCGGCCCUCUGAGAGGACGAAGACACGAACGGGGGCGGGACGUAGCCAGAGGCAGGGGCGGCGGCCUGCCCCGAUGAGGACGCUGACGCAGGGGCGGCGGGGGUGGGGCUGCUGGCGAACAUCCAGGGGAAAAUGGUGCUGGCCGACGAGAUGGUCGGCGCCCGGCUGGCAGACGAGCCCAGCCCCUCGUGCGGCGGCCCGUCAGGCAGCUCACCAUAGCCACUAGAGGCGUCCGCGUCCCCCGCCUCCCCCAUCGCUGCUGUGCCAUGGGUGCCGAGGAUGCCCGCCAGGAAUCUGCCUGCGUUGGGGGACACCUCUCGGGUGGACGGGGGCGGCUGGUCUGCCUGGCCGUCGGUCUGUGCGUUGCUGUCGCCUCCUGCGGAGCGUGGCUCGCUGGACCUGACGCUCAUAUUGCAGUUGGGGCAGAUGGCCUUUUGCCGCAGCCAGAGGUUGAUGCAGGCCGUGUGGAACUGGUGCGGGCAGUUGGGCAGAGACGUCACCAUCUGACCCACACAGAUGUGGUCCUGCAGGCAGACACAGAAAGGGCAAUGGAGGGAGGGAGGGAAAGGCUGUGCUUCUGCUGUGCGGUGCGCACCCCACCGCAGGUACCUGGCAGAUUGUGCAGAAGUCGCAUCCGAUCUCUGCUGGGUCGUGCAAAACCUGCACACACACACACACACACGCGCGCGCGCAAGCGCCACACAGAUUAACAGCACGAUCGGCCCUGUCGACGCACUCGCUCGCCCGCUUCACUAACCGUUGACCGCAGCUGCUGCAGCUCGCGUGAGUCGAGCCCGGUGCCAGGGUUGAAGAAGGACAGCGUCUCGAGCCGCCGCCAGUUGAGGAACAUCUCGAGGGAUAUCACGAUGGCCAGGCAGCCGAAGAGGAUGGGCAGAGCGACGAGGAGGUAGGGGGGGAACCCCGGCAAAAAGAAGCUCUGGAUGGCCGUGGUGCAGUUGUACAGAAUCCACACCACAAACGCCACGCAGAUCUUGCGGUUCCAUAUCCUCAUCCCAUACGCGUAGGCGAUGCCGCUGAGGGGCAGCAGGUUGGUCACGAAGACGUAACAGAAAAAGAUUAUGAGGUCCCCGGUGUUGGCGAAGGGCAGCCGUGAGAUGCCCCCGCACGCCAGCGUCAUCUCGAGCUGCAUCUGCAGGGAGCUCAUCAUGACGGCGUGGAACCGCAGCGCCCCCAGAAGGGCGAAGUAGAAGGGGAGGAAGCUGAGGUGCGCCACCCACAGCUGGCCGGUCUGGAUGGCGACGAGCACGAUAAUGGGGGCGAGGAGGAAGAGGCACCCCCCGAUGCGUGUGAUGCCUCCCGGACAGGCCAAGGCGCACAUGCAGGCGAAUCCCACGGGCAGGAAGACCCAGUCGAGGCCAAUCUCGGGAAAAAGCCACGUGCGGGCGCCAAGGAAGGCCGGGAACAGCACGAACGCGUUAAACGACACCAGCGCCGUCACCACCAGAGUCCGCCGGAUCACCGACACACGAAGUCCGGUCCCAAACUCAUCCAUAGCAGAGCUCUCAGGUCCAAUUGACUCAGCUAACCUUCUCAGCUUCACCUUCUCCUCCCCCUUUCGCCACCAGCAGAUUCGCCG